AAAAUAAAUGGUGAGGGGUCGUCUUCACGUAGUGACACUUCCUUGGUCUGCCUUUGGCCAUAUGUUUCCCUUCUUUCAACUCUCCCUUGCCCUAGCCAAAGCAGGAGUUCAUGUUUCCUUUGUGUCAACCCCAAGAAACAUCCAAAGACUUCCCAAAGUUCCCCCUAAUUUAGCAACUCUUAUAGAUUUGGUGGAGUUUCCAUUACUCACACUAGACAAUGAGAUCUUGCCUGAAGGGGCUGAGGCCACUGUGGAUAUUCCACUAGACAAUGUUGAGCACUUUAAGAUUGCAUAUGAUCUCCUGCAAAUUCCAUUCAAGCAAUUCAUUGGAAAUCAAUUGCCAGAUUGGAUUAUUGUAGACUUUUGUGCUCAUUGGGCUGUUGAUAUUGCACAAGAGUAUAAUGUCAAGCUCGUGCUCUUCACUGUUAUGUCUGCUGCAACCGCUGUUUUCUUGGGGAGGCCACCAGGAUAUGUUUUUCUUUCUGACCAAACACCAACUUGGGCUUCACCAGAAAGUCUAACAAAGCCGCCUGAGUGGGUUAGUUUUCCAUCUUCAGUGGCAUGGAGAGAAUAUGAGGCACCAUUUGUACAUGCAAACCUAUAUAUAAAAGAUGCUUCGGGCAUAAGUGACGCUGCAAGGAUUUCAAAGGUCCUGUGUGCAUGUAAUGCGUUGGCUAUUCGUAGUUGCAAGGAGAUUGAAGGUGAGUACUUGAAUUUACACGAGAAACAGAUGGGAAAGCCGGUGUUUUCAGUGGGUUUGCUCCCUCGGCCUCAUGAAACAACUGAAACAUCAAAAACCAAUGAUGGGUCAUGGAGGAAGAUCUUUGAAUGGCUUGAUAAACAAGUUCCAAAGUCAUUUGUGUUUGUAGUGUUUGGCAGUGAGUGCAAGCUUAGUAAGGAACAAGUUCAUGAGAUUGCUUAUGGGCUAGAGCUUUCUCUAGUGCCCUUUUUAUGGGCACUAAGAAGACCCUUUUGGGGAAAUGAUGAAGGUGACAUUUUGCCUUUUGGUUUUAGCAAUCGAAUAUCUGAUAGAGGAAUGGUGUGUUUUGGCUGGGCUCCUCAGAUGGAAAUUUUGGCACACCCAGCGAUUGGGGGGUCAUUGUUUCAUUCUGGGUGGGGAUCUGUGAUUGAGAUAUUGCAAUUUGGUCAUUCUCUUAUUGUGUUGCCACUUGUUUAUGAUCAGUCUCUGAAUGCAAGUCUUUUGGUAGAUAAGGAUUUGGCUGUGGAAGUUGAGAGAGGCAAAGAUGGAUCCUUUGAUAGGGAUGGCAUAGCCAAGGCUCUGAGAUUGACCAUGGUGUCAGAGGAAGGAAAGACAUUCAGAGUUCGUGCAAGGAAGGCCGCUGCUAUAUUUGGAGACGAGAAUCGACAUCAGCAAUACUACAUUGGUCGGUUUGUUGAGUAUUUGAAAAAUGGGGAAUAAAACAGGAGUGAUUGUCGACA